AUGAAUCCAGGACAUAACCAUAACGGAAGACACGACUGCAACGCUACAAGCGGUAAGAGGGGAAGAAAGGGACUAAGAGGUGUGCCAGGUCCCCAGGGAAAACGCGGCCUAAGAGGACCACCGGGGCCCCCUGGGAAAUCAGCACAACAGAGAACAAACCAUAGAGGUGGAGGUCAGUUAGAAUUGCCACACUUCAUUUCAAAGCCUUCCCCCACCAUAACAUUAAAAGAGACACAAAAUGUUCUAAUACCAUGUAAAGCAAAUGGCUUCCCACAACCCGUGAUCACGUGGUACAAAAAUGGACACCUGAUAGAAAAGGAGAGGAAGUACUUUGGAGAAAGGAGUCUAAACUUAGAGAAAAUUCAAUUCCAGGACCGUGGUGUCUACACCUGUACAGCGGAAAAUCUUAUGGGCAGGGCAGAGUUAUCCGUCAAUGUCAGCGUGAAAGUACCAGCAAAAUUUAUUACCGAACCUAAGCGUUCCAUAACUGCUUACAAGACAUGGGACACUGUGCUCCAAUGUGACAUCUUUGGUUACCCUUCCCCUGUGAUAACAUGGACAAGAUCAGGCGAGCAGCUUUCAGUCAACAGGCAUUUUAGUAACGGUUCCCAACUUAUGAUUCAAAACACAACAGAGGACGAUGCAGGCGCUUACGUUUGCCAGGGAACCAACCAAAUGGCAAACGUUAUGAGAGUGAUAUGGGUUAUCGUUAAAGUUGUUGUGAAUCCCUACAUGGUAUCCAGUCCUCCCGGUGAAAUCAAGGUACGACAUGUUGGUGAUACUGUGACAUUAAACUGUUCAGCCGGUGGCUCGCCGUUACCCAAGGUCAUGUGGUUCAAAGGUGGUCGACGUAUUAAUUUCAGAGUUAUGAAUGACGGAAUAAAUUUGAUAUCGAGUGAAGUUGUCAUUCAUCGCUUCAAGCCAAGUGACUCUGGGAACUACUCAUGUCUCUUUUAUAACGACAAGAAUGUUACCACGGAAUCCAACACAACUAUGACUCUCGUCAACUGUGGUGAUCCGAGUUCUCCAUCAAAUGGACGUAAACAUGGCUCACGAUACUGGACUGGUGAAUCUGUGUCCUAUGUCUGUGAUCCCCAAUAUCACUUAGCUGGUCCGGCAAUAAGAAUGUGUUUGCCCUCUGGUAAUUGGAGUGGGUUACAACCCUCAUGUUUGAAAAUACCAUCAAGUAUCAUUCCAAGUUAUGACUUGUUCCAGAGCCUUCUGCGAUUUUUGGAUUCAAAUUCUGGCAAACGCUGGACGUUAUGUUACCGCGCCUCUUCUCACGGCUGGGCAGCAAGUACUUUUCACAGUCGCUGUGAUGGAAAGCCGCACACUGUUACUAUCAUAAGAAAAAGCCCGUACUUGUUUGGAGGAUACACCAACAUUGCUUGGGAUUCCAGUAACACAUACGGCUACUCGUCCACUUCUUUUAUAUUUUCGCUCAUCAACAAAGAAGGACUAGCACCAUUCAAGAGCACGGUGAAAUACCCGGAUUACGCAAUUUAUAGGCACAGAAGUUAUGGUCCAACAUUUGGUGGAGGACACGAAAUCCACAUUAGCAAUAAUGCCAACAGUAACACUAAGUCAAACACAUAUUUUGGUAGUGGGUACUACUCAUUGCCAAGUGGAGUACAGAACAAGCAAACAAUCCUUGCUGGGUCUUACAACUUCACACCCGAUGAGGUGGAAGUAUUUUAUCUCACCUGA